UUUAUAACAAUUUGAGUUCGGUCUUUUUUCCAAAUCAAUUUAAAAUGAACACCAUCAGGCAAAUGUACAGGGUUUGUACUAGCAGAAAUGUCCUGAGUUCUACACAUUUAUUUACUAAGUCAGUACAGAGGCUCAGCAGUGCAGAUAUUUCUAGAACGGGAAUAACAACAGCUGUUAACCCGUGCAACAAAACAAACUUCACGUGUCGACGAGCUUUCAGCGACAACACAGCGAAAGAUGGAGCUCACAUUGUAUCAAACAGUAUACCCCUUGGCGAACUGGAGACUAAAAUGCAGCUGAUCUACACAUGCAAAGUCUGCAACACCCGAAACAUGAAAACCAUAUCGAAGGUCGCUUACAAUCGUGGUGUAGUUAUAGUGACCUGUGAUGGUUGUGGAAAUCAUCACCUAAUUGCCGAUAAUCUAAACUGGUUCACCGAUCUAAAUGGCAAACGCAACAUCGAGGAGAUAUUGGCGGAAAAAGGCGAAAAGGUUACCAAAAUCGUGCACGGGAACCACGAGUUUGUGCCAGCUUGUGAAGAAUUGAAAUAAAACAUGUGUAUAAAUAGUUAAAAUUAGGUAUAAACGAAUGCAACUUUA